AAUAGUCCUUAGAAUAUGUGGAAUGGGUACAUGAAUUCGUGUACCAAGUGGAGUGCCAUUGUCGUCUAUCAAGACAAGAUUAUUGGAAUCAAACUUGGGCACUUUACGAUUUUGAUUUUGUUUUAAACCAACAAGAAUACCCUUCUUCUUUUCACCUUUGAUAGCCACCAUCACCUUGUCACCUAUAAAUACCAAUGAGAUUAGGUAAACACGUAGAGCAAAAGUAAGAUUGCGUUUUUAGAUUUUAGAUAUAUCAAUGAAUUUCAAUUAUAGAAAUUUUCUAAUUACCAAUGUAUCCAACGCCCUUUUUGUUAUAAAUGUGGAAACAGUACGGAGGCUUCCCUUCAAGCAUAGCUUGUUUUCCAAUUUCACUGUUGUCUACUACCCUGAGUCUAGACAAUCUAAUUAUUUGAUUGGCAACAGCAGAUGUGCAAAUUCCUCUCGAUGCAAUACACAACGCCGAGAUGUUCAUGGUGAAUCCUUACUGAAAAUAAACAAAAUUUUCAUUCAGGGCAAUCAAUUGUUAUCAAUGGCACAGUGUUAUUGUAUCAAUUACUAACGCAAUAUACACUAUUUUGAUAUUGAUACAAGUUUGUAGCUACUUAUUAAGUUUUAAAAUUACACUAUUUCAUUAAAGGAUAAAAUGUCUUUUUACAACUAACCGGAUAUAUCGAAAAAACAGUCUGUAUUCUCUGAAGUCCAAAAAUUUACGACACCCAAACCCAACCUUUUUCAGGUUAUGUUUACAACGCCAUCUGCAAAACGUGCAACUCUCCGAGCAGACGCCAAAAAAUCACUUCACUAAAGCCAUAGCACAGUCGCACGCGACUUAUUUGUGUUUUUAUCACGGACCCACGUGUUUAACAAAAGUACCUUUAUUUUCCAAUUAACGCUAGUCGGGUACGGGUCUCAGCCCCUUGAUUGCAUCAAAAUUAGCAAAAUUACAUUCUCGUAAAAAAGCGGCUUCAAAUGCGAAAUUGACGGCAAAAUGUCAGACGAACCGUUAACCAAAAAACCAAAACUUUCUGGAGAAGAGUUUGCUCAGUUGAAGGAAAAAUUAAAGGAAAGAAAGAAAAGGCUUACUGCCAUCCCAAGGAUCAGAUUGUUAGCAGUGGGUGAAAGUGCCAGUCUCUGUGAUACUAUCAGCGAAGAAGAUAGGAUACCGAUAUUUCUCGGCGAUGUUCAGCGACUUCUCGUCUACUCGAUGCUUGGACACCAUGCGCCUUAUUCGCCGGAGAGGUGGAUCAAGCUUGAUAAAUACAACAAAGUUUCGCACACCGUGGUCUUCAUAGUCGAAGGAUUGUCCAUUAAUCAUUACGUGACAAACGAAUCAGCGUUUAAACACCUGACAUCCAAUUUGGAACACAAGCUGGAGCUUAUCACUCCUUCGAGCUACGGCGGAUCUGUUGUGGAUGAAUUAGCUGCUGUACCGCUUACUGGAACGCAGAAAGCUAAAUUACUCAAGAAGUUUGGCUCGAUGGAAGAAGCUAUGAAAAGCAGCGGGGAUAUAAUAAAACUCUUUAGGACAAUUUUUCCAAUGCAACCAGUUGUUAAAAAGGACACAGAUGCAGAUAAAGAUAUACAAUUACCCCCUACGGAUAAGUUUUCGAGAACCGAGCUGAUACUUUCUCCUUGGCAACUCGUUGAAGAAAAUUACCCAAUACCAUUGAAAGGAGGACUCGCCAAGAAAUACGACGAUUACGUACUGACAAAAGAUGAAUAUGUUGAAGUUAAUUCAAAGUCACCAAUGUAUGGUCUGGAUUGUGAGAUGUGUAGAACAACCAGUGGCUUUUUAGAACUUACAAGAAUAUCAAUAGUAGAUGAAAAGUUAAAUAUAGUAUACGACACUCUGGUAAUGCCAGACAACAAAAUUGUUGAUUACCUUACUAGGUUCAGUGGUAUCACAGAAAAAAUGUUAGAGAAUGUAAAUGUAAAACUAGCAGAUGUACAAAAAUUCCUAAGGGCUUUUCUGCCUCCUGAUGCCAUUCUGGUUGGACAGAGUCUUAAUUCAGAUCUACACGCUCUCAGGAUGAUGCAUCCAUACGUCAUAGACACCUCAGUUAUAUUUAACCUUACAGGUGACAGAUUCCGCAAAACAAAAUUAAAAGUUUUAUCAGAAGCCUUCCUUAACGAAAGAAUUCAAACAGGCAAAGCAGGUCAUUGUUCAACUGAAGAUUCUCAGGCUUCCAUGAAAUUAGUCCAGUUGAAAUUGUUACACAGUAUUCAUUUUGGUGACUCUGUACUGAUUGACCAGUCUUACAUAGAUUCAUACGAAACGAAAAUUAAAGAAGACAAAAAAUCGGUUCGACUAAAACAGGAUGAAACUUGUACUUUGAGCUCUUUGAUUUUCAAACAUGUCACAAAAGUAGACCAGAAGACAGCAGCCAUUUUUGGAUGCAACGAAGUCAUGAAUGACUAUUCAAAGAUUUUGAAAAACUCCAGUCUGAACAUCAUGGAAGAUAAACACUUUGACAAAGGUGACAACGUGAGACUGGUCAUAGCAGACAGCAACAAGGAAGCCAUCACCAGGUGUUCACAGAUCGCUAUGGAACAUGCCUUAAACUUUUGCCACAUCAAGUUGAAUGAAGAACAAUUGUCCGAAGAAAAAUUACCCAAGACUUUGAAUUCCGUUGACAAGUGGGUGAAAAAGCUCUGGCAACACACGGCGUUGCACGGUUUGGUCUGUGUUAUUUUCAGUGGAGAAAAAAAUUCCUCAAACGGAGCUUGCUUCUUGAAUAUCAAAAAGAACAUCGAAGAACUCAAUGGCGAUUCUACGUGAAUAUGCGUAUUUAUUUAUAUAAGAUAAAUUUCGUAUUUUGUAAGCUUUUUUUAAAGUAAGUUUUUCAAUAAGUACUGUGCUCUCAUUGUGAGUUAUAUUUGAAAAAAAACUUUAUUUGUCCCAUUGACAACUUUACUUUUUUUUCCAAUAAUCCAUGUAAAUAAGUCUACGUAUACUGUAAAUACUUAACUUGUGAGCAAUCACAAAUAAAACGAACGUUUGUUAUAUAAUUUUUUGUACUUAUUUCGCAGAAAACCGUUAAUCAACAGAGAUUUCAACUCCUCAUUACACCUGCAGAUGUAUAAAAUAUGUUGGACAAAAGAUGAAUGAGCAUUCCCGACAUCGCGGCUUUCUCAUCGAUCUUCUCGUGCAGGAAUCCAAAAGGGAAGCAGCCGAUUAAUUCGUCGCGGCCGAAACGAAUCGGCGCUUUAACGCAUCGUCGUAGAUCAGUUUUUGCCAAAAGUCAACGACAAUAUAAUUCGCGAGACCAGCGAAUAUUCUCGUGUGCGUUAUUCGAUACGAUGCUAUUCGUCGUCGUCUGUCUGCGUAAGCCUUUUUCAAAAACGACUUCAUUUUCAUGUCUCUGCGACGUUGUAAUAAGGUUGGGCGUAUAAUUAAUGUAUCAUUAACUGUUGGAAUAUGCUCUUGAUUUUUGAAAACAAAAUUAUUUACUCGGUCGGAAGUAUAUCCGUAUAUUUAUAAGCGCUGACUAACUUUUAUCCACUUAUAAAGUCCAAAUCGAAUUAGUAAUCGGAGCGCUUAUAGUUUUGGCAGAAAAAGCACUUUUCGAGAAUCUUUGUCGUCGUUAUCCCAAAAUAAUGCGGCUUGUAACGACGAAAUUAAAAAAAUAAUAAUAUCGUUUGUAAAAGCAUGAAAAUAUGCGAAAUGUUCAUUCUCAUUAGCGAAUUCGUUGAAACGAUACACAGCGAGGCGAUAUUUCUACCAAAAACAAUAGUCUUAAAACAACAGCCGCAAUUUUUCCAAUUCCCCUCUCUCCACACCUGCAUCAGACCGAUUUUCCGUCACUCUUCCUCUCUCUCUCUCUCUCUCUCUCUCUCUCUCUCUCCCGUCGCGUCUUAUUCUUAUCCUCAUCUCUCGCGACUCUCUCUCUCUCUCUCUCUCUCUCUCUCUCUCUCUCUCUCUCUCUCUUUCCUCUCCAUCUCCUCGUUCCAUCCGCAAGCUCAGGAGGGUAGUGGGACGAGCGACGGGCGAAAACGGACGCCGAGACUCGUCCGUGGGAGUCGUUCUGGUACUUCGGGAGACGGCGCAUCUCGAGGGACGAUACACCCGAUUAUACGUGGCUCGAGCCUUUUUUUAACGGACCAUCCAUAGCGUUCGCAGCGGCCACAAGGCGUACCAGCACCUCAACAGGAACGACAACAGCAGCUAAUUACCGAUUAAGAUGUCGAGGCCGAUUCUGAGCAGGCCGCGCACUCGCGUCUACGGCUGCAACUACGACAAGGGCGAGUCCUACUACAAGCCAACGAUCGAGAACCUGGACAGGAAGUACAGCGGCCGUCCUCUCUUCUCCGAGCCACGAAACUCGCUCGCCGACGAGAUCGCCGCGCGCCGUAGCGACAUCGGUAACAUCUUCAGUCGUUUUCCCAAGUGGUUUUAAAGCGAGACAACAACAACUACAACAACAAUCAACUUCAUAUGAUAUGAUACCUCAGUCGAUAAUCGAUCAUUUUUAGACGAAUGGAGUGACGAUGCGCGGAUACUUCCUUUUCGGUGCGGCUUUCGAUCGGUAUGACGCGCGAUAACGAUUUUUUUCUUUCUUUCUUCGCGAGCGAGGUGCGCAAUCGCAAGUUUCUCUCGUCAGUAUUAAUUGUCAUUCGAUCUAUUUUUGGUGGAAUCGGGAAGUAAUGGAGAGAAGCUUGAUCGGUAAAUAAUCGCAUUCGAAAUUCGAUUCAGAUACGUUAUUAUAGUACAAAAUGACAUUGCAACCUCGACGGUUUAAUUAUACAUAUAAUAUACGGUAGUCACGACGUGUCGUCUGUAGUUUCUGUGUUACCUCAACCUCUGUAUGUGAAUAAUAACACGAACGAUCGGUCCGUCGGUAAAACAGAAAAUCCAUAUCGGGAAAUCGGACACUAUACCACACAUACGAUAUACUGAACAACAUUGAGUAUAUAAUAAUAUAUAUCUGUCGUUUUUUUUCUUGUCCGGAAUGUGUUACCCAGUUCUUAAUCUCUCUUUUGAAAGAUUGUGCAGCCCUCUGUUGUGCGUUUGUCAAUUUACCGGCCCACACCAUUUGUUGUCCAUAAUCAUUGUACUGAACACUGACUUGUUGAAUAAAUGUUUGCCUCAUUUUCUAUGAAAAAUUAAAGAAACGAGUAUUUCAGA